GUGAUCUGUAUCAUGGUAAUUAUGCGAGGGUGGGCAUUGAACUACUCGCACCUGUCGAGUUUUCUCUUUGUCGGCCUACUAGGCUUCUAGAUAACUUUGUGAUUCCCGUGAAGACCUGUGGUAUAAUGCGAUGCUUCAGCCAAGUGGAGAACAAUGUUCAUGUACUUCAAAAACCCGGAGAGGUUCCUUGACCUUCACCUAACAACCGGCUUGACAGAUUGGGACAUCAAUGAGGAAAUCAAUCUGACCACCACCACAGAUCAGUUUCAUCAAGAUGGCCAACGCAAUGAAUACCUGAUGCAAUGGCAUUACGCAAGGAUGUCACGAAGACCGUCAUCAGUUGAACUUGCAAACAAAUAUCCAAAGAAAUCAAAUGAAAACGACAUUGAGCCAAAUCUAUGGCUUAUUGUCAACCCCAACUUGGUAUGCCCUGUGCAUCCGAGCAAAGUGGCCCCAAAGAAGACCAGUGUGGGGGAGAUCAGUACUACUACAGAUCAUCCAUUCACCAACAAUCAUCAGCUUCCCUAUGAGCCCCUGACGCCGGUCUCUCCAGAGCCCCAUGAUGAGACUCAGCGUGGCUCUGUUUUCUCCAGUAAACACAUGGUAUCUGAUGACGAGUCCUCAGCAGAGGUGGAAAUCUGUCGGAGGGUGAAGGUGACGCGGAAGGCGCAGGUGCUGAAGGAGAGCGAGAGAGGAGGAGGAGGGGGAGGAGGAAGAAGAAGAAGAGGAGGAGGAGGAGGAGAAGGAGGAGGAAGGGGUCACUGGCCCUGCAGGCAGACCAGGGGCCGAGGUCGGGGCAGGGCACGACGCACUCUCCGCGACAGCGAGGCCUUCCUCUCCAGAGCCUGGGCCUGGCCCCGGCCCCCCAUCAACUACUGCCUACUCAUAGCCAUGGCCCUCGGCAGAAGCCACUGUGGCAGCCUGAACGUUCAGCAGAUCUACAGUUUCACCAGGGAGCACUUCCCGUUCUUCCAGACGGCCCCUGACGGCUGGAAGAACACCAUCCGCCACAACCUGUGCUUCAGCACCAGCUUCAGGAAGACUCCACAGCAGGUGUCCACCGCCGGCGGCGAGCGCAAGUCCUGCCUGUGGCACCUGACGCCCGCCGGGCGCUCCCGGCACCGCUACGAGAUCCAGAUGAUGUCCCCGGAUGCCAUGGAGGAGCUCACUAGGAGCAUGAGGCACCCAGAUAUGGUUGACCAGCUGCUGGACCUCUGAGUCACAUCCUGGCCUGUCUUGGCUGUUGGCAUACCUUGGCCAAUUUCCUCUUUUCAGGAAGAAUUAAGCUCAGGAACAAAACACUUGAACUUUGCCUCUGCACUAUUCUGUUUGGUUUUCUCCAUUUUGGAAUUUGGCUGUUUCUUUGUUUUCUAAAAAAAAAAGACGUUUUCUUUUAUCUAAAAGUGUUUUCUUUUAUGUUGCAUGUUUAUUUUAAAUGUAUAAUGACACAAGUAUAUUGUAUAUAUUUACGUUUGUAGAGAAUAUUGUUGAUUUAAGUUUGAAAUUCCUGCAUGGAAACUGAGACAGAAUUUCACAUGUGUGAGACAGAGGUUGAUGAGGCAAUCUCAAUGGCAACUAAAUAAAUUCUCUGUCUGUGCUUAAAAACUUAAA